AUGGGGAUCCUCUAUCAGCGAGAAACAUGUUAUUACGAUAGUUGGACUGGUAGAUGCAACGACAGCGCCUGGUAUAGCUGGGGCCGCUGGGUUGCCUUUGCUGUGAUCGUCGGCGCAGCCUUCAUAAUCUUCUUCCUUCUUGCAUGUUAUAACGCUCGUCGUCGUCGCCAUCGCGGUCUCCGGCCUCAUCCCGGGACCGCUUGGCUUGCACCUCCUCCAGGCCCUCCUCCGCCAAAUCAGCCAUAUUACGGAGAUCCCUACUAUCAACAUCAGCCGCCACCGCAGUAUACACCUCAACCGCAGACACAUGGUUACUUUGGUGGACAACAAACGGGCAUCGAGCUGCAGUCACCACCGCACGCUUAUAACGCCGGAGGUGACCGAGUAUACCAGCCUCCGCCAGGGCCGCCACCUCAGAACGGACCGAAGGUGUAG